AUGAACUGUACACCAAUAUAUAUUUUUCCUUUAGUGUAUUCUUCAAUCUGUGUAAAUUUGGUGCAUGUUCUCUGGCUAAUUUUGAAGUUCUUAUUGUUUAGCCCAACUGCCAACUGCGUCCGCCAGCUUGGAUUUGUUGCAUGUCGGGACACGUUCGUUGAAUUGUGGCUAUUAACGACAAACGUAGUCGUGGUAUCUAACCCACCUAUCAAACUCAAACUGCGAGAAAUCACACAACGUUGGUUUUGCUUGCAUCAGUAUAUUAUCUUGGAGCUUGAAUCUGAACCUCAACAA